UUCUUGGCUACGACCUUCCUUUGUGACUUUUCCAUCUACAAGCCCUUGUAAUCUGUCAUAUCCGUGAAAAAGGCCUCGAGACCUUAUUGCAGUCGAAACAACCUAUUGAACACGACAAGAAGACAGCGAUCAGCGGUACCCUCUCCGCGCUUCAGCGAUGUCGCUGCCAUUACUCCUUCCCCCAAGCGCCAUUCCUACUCCCGUGGCAAAUGAGUGGACACCGAAACGAUAUCUUGAACCACCUAAACCACCACCUGUCGAUGAAGCAAAGGUGCAGGAGCAGGAGCUGGCGAACGCGCGGAACGCGCUGGAUGGCAAGAUGCUGAAGAAGACGCGUCCAAGGAGAACGGUGGACUUCAAUGGGGGCAUGGGGAGAUGGAAUUUGCUCAAGAAGCUUGGGCCGAACCCGAGGUACCGACCAUACAUGCGACCGAGUCCCCCUCAUGUUAUCGACCUCCUCCCCCCAAAAGCAUACCCAGAAAACGCAUCUACCUCCCUCUUGACGAAGUACGUCCAUACCUCCACCAACAAGAUUCGAUGUCCCGUAAACGUCGUCACAUGGACUCCCGAAGCAAGACGCAUCCUCACGGGCUCGACGAGUGGCGAGUUCACGCUAUGGAACGGCCUCACCUUCAACUUCGAGACCAUCCUCCAAGCGCACGAUACCGCGAUCUGCACGUUCGAGUUCUGCCAUUCGGGUCACUACCUGGCGUCCGCGGACAAGACAGGCGUCAUCAAGUACUUCGAGCCCAAUAUGAACAACUUGAACUCAUGGCAAGGAUCGAAUUCGCGCGAAGCCAUUCGCGGGUUGAGCUUCAGUCCCGACGAUCGACGGUUUGCGACGGCGAGUGACGACUCGAGUGUGCGCAUAUGGUCCUUUCACGAGAGUCGGAUAGAAAGCGUGCUCACCGGUCACGGCUGGGACGUCAAAUGCGUGCAAUGGCACCCUACGAAGGGUCUGAUAGUAUCCGGUAGCAAAGACAAUCAGAUCAAGUACUGGGAUCCUCGCACAGGCACCUGCCUUUCCACCCUCCACUACCACAAGAACACCAUCCAAGCACUCUCUUGGUCACCAAACGGCAACCAGAUCGCAUCCGCCUCGCGAGACCAAACUGUCCGUGUCUUCGACAUUCGCGCCAUGAAGGAACUCCACCUCCUCAAGGGCCACAAAAAGGAGGUCUGCUCCGUCACCUGGCACCCCACGCACCCCGUCCUCGUCUCCGGCGGCUCCGAGGGCGCCGUCCUUCACUGGGACCUCGGCGCCGCGCCCACCGAGACCUCAGGCGCUGCAGGCUCCGGCUCGACGACCCUCGCCCCGCGCGCUGUCGUCAACACCGCGCACGACUCGAACGUGUGGUCGCUCGCGUACCACCCGCUCGGCCACCUGCUCGUGUCCGCGAGCAACGACCAUACGACGCGCUUCUGGAGCCGCGAGCGGCCUGCGGCGAGCGGGGCGGGCGAGGAUCACGGGCAGGAGGAGGAGCCGGAGGAGAACUACGACGUGGACGAUAUGCCGGGCUUUGGCUUCGCGGCGCGCGGGCCGGAGGGGCAGGAUGAGUAUGGCCAGCAGGGUCCGUACGGGCGGCAGGAUGACUUCAUACCUGGCUUUGGUGGGGACGCGAGCUUUGGCGGGGGCGCGAGCAACGGCCCUGGUGGUGGUAGUGCAGGUGGGAUCAGGCAAGGAGGACCUCUGCCGCCACAACAGAGCCUGUAUCAUGGCGGUUUCGAAUCGCGAGGCAGCGAAGGUGGCGAUGACUGGGGUGGCAGUCAUGGUGGCGGAGGUGGUGGCGGGGGCCGACCUCAGCGUGGUUGGGGAUCGAGACGAGGGGGUAGGUAUUAGGUACAAUACCGAUGAAGACGAUGCUAUGAUCUGCAGUACAUUAUCACAACGACCAUACUGUCUGCGGGAGAAGCAAUCUCUCCGUGUUACGAUCUGCCACACCUUGGACAUCUCCAGACACACUCUCAAGAUAUAUCAGGCCUGCUUACCCUGUUUGACGGGAGACAGUCGAAGUCCAGUUAUACACGCUCCGUAGGGUCCUGCGGAUCCUGUGGUAUGCUGUCCUCCCGCUGCAGUCCGACAUCAACCUCCGAGAUUAUCAGAGCUUACGAGUGGUCCGAUCUGCGUUCGAAUCACGGCCAGUGCGCAUAUUUUAG